CCACACAGCGCGCACGGAGCGGUGAGUGCGCAUCAGGGCGCACUGAGCAGCGCUGCACGAUCCGGAUCUCUCCUCUCUGGCGGGGAAUCGACCUAAAACAUCCUUCAGGCGCAGACAUGUAGCUGACGGGAUCUCCACCACUUGGAGAGUUGCGCGCACGCGGCUGUGGCUGACAACACAGCGCCCAAGUGCAGAAGUGGAUAUGCGCACCAAAAGUGGGAGUAAGUGAGUCGCGGGGCCACAGGAUGGACUGUGCGGAGGUGAUCCUGUGCGUGCUGGUGGUUGUCAUCAUCGUCGUGUCGCUGCUGUCCAACGUGCUCGUGCUGAUCUGCUUCCUGUACAAUCCGGAGAUCCGCAGGCAGGUCCCCGGGCUGUUCAACCUCAACCUGACCUUCUGCAACCUGUUGCUGACGGUGGCCAACAUGCCGCUCACUUUGGCGGGACUCGUCAGCAAGUCUCAGCCAGGAGGAGACGGCUUCUGCCAGAUCGUGGGCUUCCUGGAGACUUUCCUGUCCACCAACUCCAUGCUGAGCAUGGCAGCGCUGAGCAUCGACAGGUGGAUCGCCGUGGUUUUCCCACUGAGGUACCACUCCAAAAUGCGCCACAAAGACGCGGCGUUGGUGUUGCUGUACAUGUGGGCGCACUCCGUGUCCUUCUCCACGGUGGCCACGUGCCUGUCGUGGGUGGGAUACCACCGGCUUUACGCGUCCUGCACCCUGUCCAACCCGAAGGCGAGCAGUCGGACUCAGUUUGUGGUCUUCACAGUCUUCUUUCACUCGUUCACCUUCCUCCUGUCUUUUGUCGUGCUGUGCGUCACUUACCUCAAAGUGCUCAAAGUGGCGCGCUUUCACUGUAAAAGGAUCGACGUCAUCACCAUGCAAACUUUGGUGCUGCUCGUGGACAUUCACCCCAGUGUUCGCCAGCGCUGCUUGGAGGAGGCAGAAAAGGCGACGCCAGAGAGCAACAGGAAGAUCAGCACGUUUAUCGGCACCUUCAUGCUUUGCUUUGCUCCCUACGUGAUCACGAGGAUUGUGGAGUUAUUUCCAGCGGUGCCUAUCAACCCUCACUGGGGAAUUGUCUCCAAGUGUUUAGCUUACAGCAAGGCAGCCUGUGAUCCCUUCGUGUAUUCUCUGCUCCGAAACCAGUACAGAAAGACAUGCACUGAUAUCAUCAACAGACUGCUGAAACGUAGCUCCUUAAAUGCUUCGGUGCGCGGGCAAGAGAACCAAGUAAACACCAUUCCGAUGCCAGAGUGAAAAUGCACAGAAUCCCGACACGCUCUCCGAGAGCAGGUCUGAAAAAUGUCAAGACAUCCCGAAGCUGACUUGAUGAAGAAGCGGAGACAUAUUGGUUGCUGUCCACGUCUGCUUGAAUUUUUUUCAGGCAUAGCAACAAAGUCACUUUCGACAAAUGUCAGCAUCGGAAUAUAACUGUGCUGCCAUGGUAUGCCCGUAUCAGCAGACCAGUGCAAGAGAACCUGUUCCUGUGUGGAUAAGAAGCAAUGGCAGAUUUCACAUCCUCCUGAAGAGACAGAUCUGCUCACCUUAGAACAAUGGAGUUAAGUGACAAGCGUAGCUUUGUCUGAUGUGUCUUACUUUCAUUUUGCUGUGUUUUUAUCUUGCAUUUCUCCAGUAUGCAUCCUUACCAUUGUUGGAAAAUGCUGGGCAAACUUCUGUUUGAGAGGAAA